AUGGAUCCAAGAAUCGAGCCUCUCAUUUCGAAUAACCAUGUUCCAGACCCCAUUCACAUCCCCUACCUCACCGACGAACUAUCGAAAACCUCAAAGGAACUCUCAUCGACGCAUCAAAAAAUUGAAUUGGUCGAACAGUUUCUGGCAGGCCUUCACUCUCGACACACACUGCUGGCUAAGAAAGAAAGCGCCAUGCGCGACACACUUUCACCUUUGCGCGCAUUCCCUCCUGAGCUCCUCGGAGAACUGUUCAGAGCUUGCCUGCCACUGAUGCUCGACGCCCACGGACGGCGCCAAUUCGCCAUCUUGAGAGCUGUCUGUCGCGCCUGGAGGGAGGUGACAUUCUCCACUCCUCACCUCUGGCCCGACAUCCAAGUCGAUAUAGUUAAGCGCUUCGGGACGAUACAAUACGAACCGUUACCCACCCCGGCACAACUUCAGUCGUGGUUCACUGAUCGAGCGCGGUCGAAACCUCUCUCAUUCAACCUCGCGGCAAGGAUUCCAAUCAACAAAAUGUUGCCUCCUCAUGUAAUCCACGAACUCGUCAAAUGCUUGAAGUGCAGCGUCAUUGGAAAUCGCUCGCCUUUGGCUUAG